UUGGAUCAGCCUCAGGAACGCAGCAGGAACACCGAGGCAGCAGUGGGGGGGAAAGGGUUAAAGGUGUGGACAGGAAAGUUUCCUCUGAGCGGCCAAUCAGAGCGCAGCACACACACACAAACACUCACACACACACCCCGAAGCAGUCAGUCUCUCUCAAUCCGUCAUGGUGACCACGGAGCCCCACCAGAGCCAGGACCUGCUCCCCCCCCCCAGCCUGGAGCUGCUGGACCCCCCCGGUCCCCUGGCCGGGCUGAGUCCCCCCUCGGACCCCGAGGCCCUUUGUCAGGGUCCGGUGAAUGCCAUCACCGUCCUCACGCUGCUGGACAAACUGGUCAACAUGCUGGACGCCGUGCAGGAGAACCAGAACAAGAUGGAGGUGCACCAGGUGGAGAUGGAGGGUGUGGUGCGGGGAAUCCAGGCUGAUAUGACCAAACUGUCAAAGAGUCACAGCCACACGUCCAACACCGUCAGCAAGCUGUUGGACAAGAGCCGCAAGCUGUCCGUCACCAUGAAGGAGGUGAGGGAUAAGAUGGAGCGUCAGGGUGCGCAGGUGAGGAAGCUGGAGGCUAACCAUGCCCACCUGGUGAACAGGAACCAAUUCAAGGUGCUCAUCUUCCAGGAGGAGAACGAGAUCCCGUCCUCGGUCUACCUAAAGGAUCCCCCCCCGUUCCCUCGGGAUGAGAUCCUGGAGGAGGGGGAUGAGCUAACGGAGGGCGUUGUCGAUGGUAACCGUGUCCAGGAGAGCGGGCUCUCCACCAUCGACCUAUCAUCUGACGAGGACGAGGGGCUGGAGGCGGAGCUAGAGGAGGAAGAAGAGGCGUGGCCUCAAGAUCUGGAGAACUUGGAGAAAUCCAGAGCAGAGAAACUGAAGAGAUCCAGCCUCAAGAAGGUGGACAGUCUGAAGAAGGCGUUCUCCAGGCAGAACAUUGAAAAGAAAAUGACCAAGAUCGGAACGAAGAUCGUUUCUCAGGAACAACGAGAGAAGAUCAAACAGAGAACCUCCAGCCUGAAGGUUUCCCCUCUGACCUUUGGCAUCAGGAAGCCGCGCAGCAACUCAGACUCUCACCCCCCCGACGCCCUGCAGGAAGAGGCCGUCAUUGACGUUCCUGACAUCCAGGUUUCUUUCGACGAGGUUCCCUUCACUGAGGAUCCUUUCAACGAGGUUCCCUUCACUGAGGUUCACACCCAGCUGAGUCCGGAGGAACCGGGGGAGAAAGAGGAGAAACAGAAUGAAGAGGAGAAAGAGGAAGAGAUGGUGGAGAACGUAGAGGAGGUGAUGGAGAACGUAGAGGAGGUGAUGGAGAACGUAGAGGAGGUGGAUGUUUCUGUGGUUUCUGAGGGAGUCAGUCAGGAUUACGCUCUGUCCUCCACUCUGCCUCAGCAGGAGAACCAGCAGGAGAACAGGGAGUAAACUCUAUGUUCAUCAGAUUUAUAUAUUCAUGUUCUCCUUUUCAAAGGAACCAACACGUUCACACUUUACUAACUAAACUUCAAAGGUUUAAAUACAUUUUGAUAUAACCAUUUAAACAAAGUUUUAUAAAAGGUUUUAAUAAAGUUGGAAAUAUUUAGUUCUUCAGCUGAUCGGAGAACCAUGGUUCCUGUUCUCAUUAAAACAGUUGACACGUAAACACAGCCCAUCAGAAACGUUCCUCUAACGUUCCUCAGUGGGGUUCCUCUAACGUUCCCCUGAGAUCCUCCAGUCUUUAAAGACCAUCUCAAUAACAUUCCCUCAGGGUUCCCCAAAGGUUCUCCAACAUUCCCGCUAGCACUCCGUUAGGUGGUGUGAGGUUCUACCAAAGUCUAUCAGAUGUAUCACUAAACAUUCCCCUUUGAGGUUCCUUUAGGGCCCAGGGUUUCUAACCCUAGGUUCCUCUCAGACUCCUUAGAUCCCCAGAGGGUUCCUCUGAUAUUCCUUAAAGUUCCUCUGAGCUUAAAGAUAACCCUGAGGUUCUCCUGACGUUCCUCAGAUAGUAUAGUCCCUGCUCUCAGUAUUCAUUUAGCCGCUUAUUAACAACACUACAAUGUAAUCACCUCGUCACUGCUGUGCUUUUAUUUUGAAACGUCCUGCUGCCAAAGACACUUCCUGUUACAGGCGUGAUGUUAAAUGGAUGAAAUAAAAGAUGUAUAACCAC